UUGAACUUACAUACACAUACACAUACUAAUAUUGAACAUACAAAGCCAAAAAUGGUUAGAAUCAAAUGUAUCCACACUGUAAUUCCUACCGAAGCUACCCCAAAUGGCACUUUGUUGCUCUCUGAGAGUGAGCAAAUCAAUGCUCAUACUCAUGCACUCACAAUUUACAUUUACCGUGCAAAUCACGAUCACAACCACUACAAUAUCAUUGACACAAUCAAACACUCCCUUGGCAACAUCUUGAUUCUUUACUACCCUCUCGCCGGCCGCCUUCGCAUGAUUGAAGGCGGAAGAAUGGAAAUUGACUGUAACGGGGAGGGUGUAAUGCUGUUCGAAGCGGAGUCCCUGAAAACAUUGCAAGACUACGGUGAUUUCGUGCCCAGGGCCGCCUUGAGGCCGCUUCUGCCGACGGUUGAUUACCGUGAGCCUGUGGAAAACAUUCCUCUUGUUCUGGUGCAGGUGACGAGAUUCGCGUGUGGUGGCCUGUGUGUUGGGUUUGGAGUUUCCAAUGUCGUUGUGGAUGGAAUCUCUGGCACUGUCUUCGUUGACGCUUGGGCUAAGCUUGCUCGAGGUGGCACUUUGGGAGAAGAUGAGAAGCCAAUUCUUGAUAAAAUGGUGAUUCUAAAAUCUGAGUUUAUCGGACCGCGUUUUGUGCACCGUGAAUUCAAGCCACUUCCGCUGAUAAUUGGUAGCUCUGACGUCAGUGAGGAGAGCAAGAAGGAAACAGAUCUUGCAAUUCUGAAGCUCACAAGGGAGAUGGUAGAAAAGCUGAGGAAGAAAGCCAAUGACGACGGAUGCUUGGAAUUUGGUUACGAGGAGCCAGUUACGCCGCAGAAUCACCAUCGACCCUACAGCAGGUAUGAAAGCAUUGCCGCUCAUAUCUGGAGGUGUGCAUGCAAGGCACGCCACGUGGAUCACAACCAACCCACGGUGGUCCUCACUGUCGCCGGCGUCCGAAACAGGCUAAAGCCACCUCUCCCUCUAAACUAUUUCGGGAACGCGACGCACCCAACUGUGACCCCCACAUGCCUCAGCGGGGAAAUUGCUUCAAAGCCACUAAGAUAUGGUGCGCAAAAGAUAAGAGAAGCGAUCGAGUUGCUAACAGAUGAGUACCUGAGAUCAGCCUUUGAGUUCAUUGGGAGGCAGGACCAUGUAGGGUGGCUGAGGCCAAAGCUUAACAGUGAACCACCAUUUCUUGGGAAUCCAAACCUCAACAUUUGGAGUUGGAUGAGUAACAUGCCUACCUAUGGACCUGAUUUUGGAUGGGGAAGGCCGCUGUAUAUGGGACCCUGUGAGGUCGUCGGAGACGGCAGGGCGUUUAUCAUGCCAGCUCCCACCGGAGAUGGGACUCUUUCCGUUGUCAUUCGCUUGCAGACUCCUCAUCUUCAACCAUUUGAGAAGUUCUUCUACGAGGACAUAUAGACAGACGCAUGUGGCUAUUCCGGUGAAAAUAUUUUUAUGUGAAGAUAUAUAAUUAAAGAUCGUAAAAUAUAUUAAAUUAUUUAACGAUUUUUAUUUAUAAUUUUCAUAUAAAAAUUUUAAUUCGAGUGAUCAUCAUAAAUAUGAGUUACUUUGGUGUUUGUAAAUUUUAAUGAGUUAAGAUAUUUUAACUCGUUAAAAACUUUAGUUAUAUAUAUAUGGAGUGCCUUGCCUUGUUUCAACUUCGAUGUUGAAGCUGUGGGCCUGUGGUAGGUACUUUGCCAAAUUUGGGCAUGAGUAUUUAAGUUUUGAGAAAAGGGUAAAUAGGUGUCUGACUUUUUUUUUGUGGAUAUUUUUCUCUCUAACCAUUGAAAAAUAUUUUUAAGUUUUUGACCUUCAUAAAACUUGGAUGGAUCAAUCUUUCCAUCCAAAUGCCUCCGUCAGAGACUGAUCCGUCCAAAUUUUAUGAAGAUUAGAAACUUAAAAAUAUUUUUCAAUAGUUAAAAACAAAAAUAUUCGCAAAGCAAAAAGUCAUGACCUAUUUGCCCAAUAAUGUGAGGUGACGCAUCUGCUAUUCUGUGGCAAUAAAAGGUAGUAAGGUACUACUCAUAUUUCAUUUCAUACGUA